ACCUGUCGUCUGGGUUUAAUACAACUCUCGAAGAUAAAACUGUGAGAAGAUGAAUUCGGAUUAGUCUGGUGCCAAGGAUUCCUACCAUAUGGAUGAUUAGUCAACGUUCAACUUCAAGAUGCAGAAAACGGACGAACUGACUGCUCAACAGAUUGAGAAUCUACCCAUCGACAUUAGCGCCAGCAAAUUGCUUGAUUGGCUGAUCGAUCGGAGACAUGUCAACUUGAAAUGGCAGACAGCAGCAUUAGCCAUCAGAGAGAAAAUCAACCUGGCUAUUCAAGAUAUGCCUGAAGUGGACGAAAUCAAACAGCUUUUGGCUGGGACCUAUAUCAACUAUUUCCACUGUGUGAGGAUAGUUGAACUUCUCAAGGUGUCUGAGUCUGGUUCCAAAAACAUCUUUGGUUAUUACUCAUCACAGAGGAUGAAGGAUUGGCAAGAAGUGGUACGCCUUUAUGAGAAAGAUAAUCUCUACUUAGCAGAAGUUGCCCAGAUGUUGAUACGCAACAUAAACUAUGAGAUCCCAUCUCUGAAGAAACAGGUGGCCAAGUUUAAGCAGACACAAGCAGACUGUCGGAGAAAAGAAAAGGAUUACCAAGAUAACGCUGCUGCGGCAAAAGCAGAGUACAAUGUAGAAUGUAGAAAACUAGGAAUAAAGGGUGAUAAAAUCAAGAGUGAGCUGCUUGAGAAAGUCAAGUCACUUCCAAAGACGUUUGGCGUAAUUGCAGAGAAGACACAGAGCCUGGCUCCUGUAAUAGAGUUUUAUCAAACCUUCGUGCAAUUCACUGUAGGCAGGACUAGUGAUAGAAGUAGCCAAUCAGAGAUAGAAGUGGUUCCCAUAUUACAGUUCAUCCAUCAGUAUGGUAAUGCCACAGUAUACCAGUGGAGAACAGGGAAAGUCCCUGAAUCAGUUGAGGCGGUCACAUUAUCAUUCCUCCAGGAGGAGGAAGAACAGAAAGCAGAUGAGAUUGACUGGGGUGAUAUUGAUGACGCAGGAGAUGAUAGCAUUGACUUCGGCAUCUCUCUAGAGGAAGUGGGGUCAGAGGUCUUGAACUUUGACAUCCAGGUUACUGUUGAAACAUCUGAUGGUGAUGUUGGUCAUGAUGGCCAAGGAAGUUCAGCAGAAGAUGAUAGGAUUGCCAGGGGGACGGAUUCCUUAACCUUAUUGGACCAUCCUCCAACCAGGAAUAAUUUCACCAAUGAGUUAUUAGAGCUUGAGGCCUUUCUAAUGCAGAGGCUAAGUGAAAUGAAAGGUGAAAUGGAUGUUCUGUCGGCGAAUCAGUUCCAGAGUGCGCCCUCUAUCCUCCAGAUGAAGACAAAGGAGGACGUGUCGGCCAUGUUGGACAAAGUCCGAGAAAUCUUGAGUCUUCUGACAGAUUCAACCAUACAGCAUUUGAUGCUCAUUAAAAGCUCACCGAAGUAUGUGGACAGACUGACAGAAUCUCUGAAACAGAAAUGUGGCCAAGAAGAGAAGAUGUUAGCAUCAAAGGAGGCAGUUCAUGGGAAGUAUCUAGAAGCCAUUGAGGAGGAGAGGCAGCUGAUGCCAAAGAUUGACAAGCUGGUGGCUAAUACUAGGAUACUUCAAAGACAGAUUGAGCAAGAUAUUUCUUCUCGUUACAAGAAUCGGCCGGUGAAUCUCAUGGGCUCUAUCAACUCAAUAUGAAAUAUUCUCCAUUUCUCUUAUUUUUUAAUUUUUGUUCUGCUUUUAUCGCAUCAGUUCCUUCAUUUCUUCAGUCAGACUGCUUCAGAAAAUUUAGAUUAUUUAUCGUAACACAAAUAAGUAAAUGGCCCAUAUCUGAUUCUGAUGACUAGCGUAUAGCCAGGACAUGGCUGGAUAGCUCAUACUGGUUACAGUGCUGGUAUGGGCUCUUUGUUACCACUUUGGAGAGCCCAGUGGAGGGGAAACACAACGUGCACGUAUCGUUUCGCAUAUAUCAAAGUAUUCCCAACUUAUUUUAUUAUGAGUGCACAAACCCAUUUCAUCUUUGUGUGAGCGUCAGGCGCUGUCAGCAAUACAUUUGAAUAUUUUCCCAGUGGUCGCCUCCAACCUUUUUUUUUUCUUACCGUUGAGGGGGUACUUGUGAAUGGACCCCAUAGUGUUUCUGAAGUGACUUGUUCAAAUCCUGUUUAAAAGAAAAUUCUACAAAACCUUGAUUGCGCUUAAAAGUGAUUGUAGUAGAUUUGAUGCAAAAGUUGUUUCACGAUUAUGAUGGCAUUCCAUUUCCUUUUAAUAAAAAGACAUUUUAAAUUACAUAAUUUUCAUUUAACGUUCAUUUCAAAUUGAAGUAAAAUGUAUUGUGUUCUAAUUUCUUAUUUUAAGGAAGUAGAAUUAUAAGAAAGCAAAGAACAGUGCCACCAUUUUUGGAAUCUGCAGAACUGUUUGUGCAUUUUCCCCAGCUAAACAAUAUAGAGUAGUGUGGAGUGUGUUUGAAACCCCCAAGUCCAUGUAGUUUACCCUUGAAAAUGUUGCAUUAUAACCAGAGGCAGGAAUGUGUCGGCUGUAUUAUCAACUCGAUUGUAUUUCCCCCCCCCCCCCCCCCAUAUAAAAAAGAGUUUAAGUAUAAAAUUUGAAUGUAUGGGAUAAUGGGAUUAUUAAAGUUCAGGUCCUCUGUUUAUGAAAGCAUAAAUGACACCUUUGUCACUUUUCUAACCUUUGUAGUAAACUGUCACAGCUCCUUCCCAUUCUGGGACAAUUAUCACAGAAAAAGGAUAUUAUUAUUUUUGUGUACAAAAUUUCACAGUUUUCUAUAUCUUUGCAUUGUCGGCUUAUUUACAAAUCUAUGCUGAAUACCAUGUUUUCAUAAAAACAUAAUCUUUUUUUAAUUAUUAUUCAUAAAUCAAAACAAUACAUUAUA